UAUCACCGAGGAGUGUGGUAGACUGCUUAGAAAUAUAUAUCAGAUGUCCUCAGAUGAAGAAGAACAGACCAGUCCUGUUCUGCACAAGGACUCUGAUCGGGGCAGCUCUGUGUCCUCUGACCUCCAGGAUGAGUAUGAGGAGCUUCUCCGCUACGCUGUGGUCACCCCUAAGCAUGAGACACUCACCAGUGCUCACGUGCAGCGGCUGAGCACCUCAUAUCUGUCUGCAGAGGGUCGGACUUCCCACAGUAAAGAUGACACACACUCACAGCGCCCAGCAGCUGAAGAUGGGAGGCAUUCUAGAAGAAGCUUGAGAUCACAUGCCUUCCCCUUGAUUGUUGAGCCCCCUACACACUUAAGAGCCUCUCAUGCUGAGGAGAUGGCAGGUCGGCCGUCUAGCAGGGCGUCAGUGCUCUCAAAUACUCAUUCAGACAGGUUACACAUGACAUCUGAGAGGUCUAGGCCAAACACCCCAGACCCCCUUGAGUCUGCUGUGACAGAGAUGUUUAUCUCAGAAGAGAAAAUAAGCAAGAUGGAGAACAUUCUGGACACAUGGAGCAACAACCUGAAGUCAAAUGUACUGACUGAGCUCAGGAAGUGGAAGCUUGCGUUCAAGGAGCAGCACAAGCUGGAGAUGAAGAAAGAGAAGGAGAGGAAUGCAGCCCAGACAGCUGGCUUAAAGUCAGAGCUAGACAGUCUGAAGGGGCUGCUACAUACCUACGAGACUUCCAACCAGAGAAAAGAUGAGGUGAUAGUGAACCUGAGCCAAGUGUUGGACAAACAAAAAGUAAAGCUUGAAAAAAUGAGGACCUUCACCCACUGGAGACUUCAGCACACUGAGGCCAAAGAAGAGGCUCAUGCUGCUCAAGUAGCACAGCAGCACUAUAAUUUGCAGCUGAAGAAGAAGGUGUGGUUAGGCUGGCACUCUCUGGUUCAGAAACACUGGAAGGUCAAGGUGGAGCGGGCUUGCCGUGCAAAGGCUGAAGAGGUCUGCACCCGCCUGUCUGCAGAGUAUGAAGCCAAGCUGGCAGAGCACUGUGAGGCUAUAGAGAAGGCCCAGGCAGAAAUUCAGAGACUACGACUAGAGCGAGAGCGUUAUGAGGAAUCUAUGAAGAAAGCCUUCAUGAGGGGUGUGUGUGCUCUCAACAUGGAGGCUCUCAGCAUGUUCCACACCACAGAGGGACGACCAGAGCAACCUCCAGAUCAGCAUGAUACUCUGCCUCCCCAGGAUGAGCUUGGCUCUACUGCAGUGGCUCAACUUCAGCCAUAUCCCAUCUCUUCUGCACGGUUCAGCCCAGUCCACUUUGACCGCCCGGCCCCCUCCUAUAGCGAAGUAGAGGAUAUGGUGGGCUCUGGUGCCCCUACGUCUAGGGCAGAAGCACUCCCUCCCACUACACUGGCACACAGCUCACUCCCACUUGGGGGCGCUGCAAGUUCCCACAAACAGGUCAGUGGUCGUGUCAUCACAGCGAGUCAACAAAAACCCUCAAAGACUGUAACAGCUCGCAUCACUGCACGUCCUGACGUUGGUAAGACUGCACGCAGCAACCUCCAGGUGAUGGGUGUGGCUCCACCCAUGAGUUCUGUGAUAGUUGAACGCCAUCAUCCUGUUACACAGCUGACCGUCGGCCAGGCCACAGCUGCUAAGUUUCCUCGCACCUCCCAGCAGGGUCAGAGCUCCACCGGAGGGAGAAGCUCCUCCAAAACACACACCAGCACGUGCCAUGUACACACCAUCAAAGUAGUUGACUGACCACACACACAUAUCUCACAGAAAGUGUUUCUCACCUAGUCUAGAUUUUAAAUUUAAUGCAUUCUAUGCAACAAUCCAAGACAUAGUAAGCUUGGCAUUAGAUUCAAGUCCAGUUUAUUUGGAAUGAAUUUGCCCUUGCUGUCUACAUUUGAAGGGAACAUUUGAUUUUUUUCAUCUUUCUUUCAUGAAUGUGAAAGGCACAAUUUCCUGAGCAAUAGCAUUUUUCUCAGCAAAGUACUACAUAGACACAGGUGUUUAGAACAGCAGAUUACCAGCUGGACAGAGUUGAGAAUUGCAAAAUGAACAUUUAUUUCUAUGAUAAGUUUUUACUUUAAAUUAUGCACAGAUGAAACUGUAUUGAAAUGUGUAAAAUCACAUAGUGUAAAUAUUUGUGUGUAAUAUUAUCAGUUGAGAAUUGACCGUCCAACAUCACAAGUUGUUUACUUUACUAAACCAAAGCCAUUUAUUAAUUAUCUCAGGCAUGAUUUUAUUUUUAAAUAAAUUAUUUUACUGCUAAGUUCCUGUACAGAUGAGUAGUUGAAAAUAAUGUAAAUGUGGAGUUCAUUUUGUCAGUGAGUUACAGUGUUCAUUCUCAUGAAAUGCUGCAGUUCUUACUGCUGGAACUCUCUGCCUCCAUCCGGAUCUUAUCUGUAAGGCAAAUUAACAUUUUCUGUAUUAAAAGUUUGGGACAUAUCCCCAGGCAGCACAAGUACAUGUUUAUACAUUUCUCAGUGUAUUUGCUUUGUAAAAAUAUUAACUGAAUGUACCUGCAGCUUUCCUGUUCCCUGUGAGGAUGAGGCCCUGGUAAAGUU